CCAACAAACCAAAGCCCGACGAUGGCCAUCAUCAAGCAGUCGCUCAUUGUCCUAGUGCUGCUCAUAUGCGGAGCAGGCGGCUCCACCACACCGGCGCCGGCGCCGGAGCCGGCGCUGCUGACGCAGGAUAAUCUGUGUGUCGGCAUAAGCACUACCAACGAAGAGAUGGUCUGCGUCGCCGACGGCGCACUGGCGUGCUUCGCCGAAAAUGUAGUCACCGACGAGCUUACCUUCACGCCAUGCUUCGUCACCGCCGCCGGCGAAUGCUUGGCCAAGGAUAAGGAGGAGCCCAGCAAGAACCACUGCAUCGGCCUAGAGAUCAGCGACCUGAAAUGCCUUGGAGAUAGCGCCUGGACCUGCUACAACAGCUUCACCGGGUACAUCCCUCCCGCCUUCAUCGCGUGCUUCCAAGGCAGAGCCCCCAUGUGCACCCCACAGUGAUCGUUGUCAGGAUUUUCAUUCCAUCACCUACACCAUGAUCAACUGCUUGCUUGCCGACAAUAAAGGGGUUUGUCUCUGUGUGUGUGUGUGUGAUUUAGUAUGUGGUAGUAGUAAUAUGGUAUGGUUGUGCCAUAUUUCUCGGAUUUUUGUUUUGAUGAUUGAUGAUGAUUUCGCUGGAAAAAGAAAACAAUAAUCCUACACCUACAGGCAAUCAACAGGAAGUUACGGACCUCCCUUCUCUUCUAAUCAUACCUCCGCCCCCUGAUUUUCAGGGGUGGACCGGUGCCUCCCAAAUUGACCAAUGAAAGAAUGCCUCGUCACCCUGUAAACCACUCUCCCCCGUAAUUUCCUGUAGAUGUAGCAUUACUGGAAAGAAAAUAGAGUGAGAAGCAUUGAGCCUUCCUUGUACUGAUCUCAUCAGAAGGAAGUUGGAAAUGGAAAACAAAAGAAUGGUUGGUUGUAUAAGCACGGGAUUGAUUGAUUGAUUGCUGCGUGCUUUUAUUCCAUUCUCAA